UCGUCUACUUCGUAGCUCUUAAUCCCUUGAUUUGACCACUUGGGUUGGCAUUUCUUGCAAGUAUCUCCACCAAAUUUUGAGAUUAACCCAAGCUUUGUCCACUUGCAAGCAAUCUAACUGUUCAGAUGGUGAAAUCAAGAAAAACAACAGCUCUAUUUUGAAUGUAAAGUGUGUGCUUGUAAUUGCUAACAAACUUUUCUCCGUUAUUUGCACCUAUCUUACGCAUUACCCAGACAUCUUAGAUGGAGAUUCUUGCUUAGCAAUUGAAAAAACAGGAAACCAGCAAAGAUCCACUUCAGAAUUAGUACAAAAGCCCAGAAGGCAUGAAGAAGAAUCUAAUUUCGUCCCACAGUUUAAGUACAUUUCCUAGCCCUGGAGGAGGGAACUAUCAGGAGAUGGGAUGGAGAUCAAAGCGAGUACCGCAUCCAUCAGAGAACAGCAGGAGGCAUAUCAGUGCCUUGACCCCUUUUUACAGUGACAGGACAAUGCCUUCCAAAUGGGAAGAUGCUGAGAGGUGGAUUUGCAGCCCAGUUCUUGUUACCAAUGACUCCCAGUGUCAGCCUCAAAGGCUUCCCAAGUCCAAGAGUGGGCCUAUUGUGCCUCCAGGGAUUGCAUACUACUCUCAUUAUUUGCCUUCAAUGCAGGUUCUUGAUAGUGCCUCUGUAAGAAAUUUCAUAGCGAAUUCUCCAUUUUCGACUCGAGUUUUGAUGCCUACGGGAGUUGGUGUUCAUUAUAACGAAGGUGGGAUUGGGGGGCAAGCUAUUGUGGCACGUUCAGAUUUGACGAGCGAGUGUUCAUCACCCAGCUGUCACGAUAAGAAGCUUGAUAACAUCAAUGAUGCAGAAGACGCAAUUACUCGUGUCAUUUCAAAGAGGGAUAUGGCAACACAGAUGAGCCCUGAGGGUAGCACAUGCUCAUCUCCCAGAGGGAGGUCCUCCUCUCCUCCCUCUGUCCCUUUAGAACAAAGUGAGAGUGACCAUCCUGCUAAAUUGGAAAUCAGGGAAGCGCAAGAAGACAAAAGAGCCACCCUGAUUAGUAGGACCACAAGGCAUGGUCCUUGCAUAACUAGGAAAGGAAGGCCAGGUGUUCAGGAAGUUAAUAAAAAUGCUACAGAUGCUCACAUUUCAUCUUGGGAUGUUGCAGAGGCUUCAUCAGACUUUUCCAAGUUGCAAAGGGAGGAAGCCAAGAUCACAGCAUGGGAGAACUUGCAGAAUGCUAAAGCAGAGGAAGCAAUAAGAAAACUUGAGAUGAAACUGGAAAAGAAGAGAUCAUCAUCAAUGGACAAGAUCUUAAAUAAGCUGAGAAUGGCUCAGAUUAAAGCUCAGGAAAUGAGAAGCUCAAUAUCAGACACACAGGGCCAUCAAAUUCCAAAGAUACCGAGCAAGAUUUCUUUCUUUCAUAGGCAUGCACGGUUGAAUUUCUUGAGCAGUUGCUUCACCAGUCAUAAGUCCUAAUUUUUCCCAACAUUCCCAAUGGUUUAUCCUUUGUGCAAGACAGCUCUUAUCCAUGGAGAUUCUGAGUUCAAAUUUUGCACUAGCCUGCUGUUUCUAGUCUACAAUUUUUUUAUGCAGACAUUUGUAGCAUCAUAAGAUAUUUUACGGAGUGGAUCCCCUUGUAAAUCAUGAGAUUAAACAAUUUGCUCUAGUAUAUAAAGCAUUCCCGCUGUUCCUAUCCUCCUAAGUGAAUUGUUCUGUGAGACAAACUGCACUCU